AUGAUGAGAGUUACCAAGAUCAUGGCUGCUACACUGAAACACUGGAGGGAGUCAGCAAGUUUAAUUAUCUCCUCUAAACGACUGGCCAGACCCACCCGACAGAAUUUGAUGAACAAAUUUCUGACUCCAGCAGCUGCUGUUGCAGAUGAUGAGGUCUUUCGUCUGCUGCUGCUCAAGAGAAGUGGCGGUAGCUCAUUCAUGCCCGAUGUGUACGUCUUCCCAGGAGGGAUGCUGGACAACACAGACUUUUCCAAGGACUGGUUGGAGGUGCUCGGAGACAGCUGUGGUUCGCUGGAUGUAUUCUCUACCUCACAGGAGGGUUCUCCAAUCUUCAGCAGACCUCGAGACGCAGAAUUCUCACACAUCCCCAGUGAGGUGGCUCUCCGUAUCACCGCCAUCAGAGAAACCUUCGAAGAAUCAGGGAUCCUCUUAGCCAGGCCAGCAUCUGAUCUUGCAGACAAAGAUCACUUCUCCAACACUCGUCCAUUGUUUGCUACUGUGUGUAAUGUGCCAGAAGCAACCGCUAGUAAAUGGAGAAAGAGUAUCAUGUCUGACCCCUCACAGUUUCUGGUCAUGUGCAGGGAGUUAGGUAUGGUUCCAGAUGUCUGGUCAUUGUAUGAGUGGUCAAACUGGCUGACCCCACCUCUCAAAGGCAAGAGAUUUGACACAGCCUUCUUUGUAAGCUGCAUAGAUGAAGGCCCAAAUGUUUCCCUGUCCGAGGAAUCAUCUCAUGGGGUGUGGAUGCAGCCAGAAGAUAUUCUUCAGGAGGCUUCCCGGGGCUCUCUAGUGCUGGCUCCUCCACAAGUAUAUGAGCUGUCCCGCCUGGUGAGGUUCCAGACUGUGGAUGAACUUGUGAUCUUUGCAUGGAAGCGCUCGUCACACCGGGCCCAGCGAUGGAUGCCUGUCAUUUACAGCUGUGCGGAUGCCACGCUCUUUGUUUUACCAGGUGAUGACCUGUACCCAGACAACGCAGACCUGACUGGAGAGAUUACCCAGACACCAAUCUACAGACCAGAAACAGUUGAUGAGCUGCAGAAACUCUACCCCAACCAUAACCGAGCUGUGAUGGGCAAGGACCGAAGAAUGUGGCUGUACUGUAACAUUCAGUGUAUAGAUGGCCACAUACUGCCAUAUGAGUACAACAGAUCUGCAGUCCAGCCCAAGCUGUGA